CUGCGACCUUUCUUGGUGUUCUCCUGUUCAUACCUUGAUCAAGUCCAGUCUCCUCCAAAAUUUCAAACAUUUGCCAAAAACCUGGACACGAAAAAGGGUUUUCUUCUGAGUUUAAUGUUGGAAACUUUCAGCCUGCCAUUUCCAGGAAAAUGUUUCACCGCCGUGUGGAUUCGCAAUCGUGAAUCAGAGAUGAAGUCUUGAUGGAGGACCAGAAAGCAAACUGGAUCGGUUGCUCAUCGGUUCUCGCUCUGAUCACCGUGAUCGCCGUUGCCCGUGCGACCCUCCGGCUUUCCAAGGCAUUUUACCUUGUUGUCGGUGUGGACGUUGCGUUGAUCCUCUCGGUCUUCGUCUGGCUUGUGGUAAGGAGGCACUACAACCACCGGCGGGUACUGCUCGAGUCACGCUUGGCCGAGGGCCGUGAGCUCAGGAUCGAGUACAGUUUCCUCCGCAAAGUCGCCGGUGUCCCGACCAAGUUCCGGUACAAGGAGAUCGAGGAGGCGACCGACGGCUUCCAGGCCCUGCUGGGCCGGGGCGCUUCUGCGUCGGUCUUCAAAGGGAUACUGAGUGACGGCACAGCCGUAGCGGUCAAGCGUAUUGAUGGCCAGGAGCGUGGCGAGAAAGAGUUCCGGUCGGAAGUCUCCGCGAUAGCCAGCGUGCAGCACAUGAACCUCGUGCGCCUGAUCGGCUAUUGUUGCGUCCCUUCUGGGCCGCGCUUCUUGAUCUACGAGUUCAUCCAGAACGGCUCGCUGGAUUGCUGGAUUUUCCCCAAGUCGGGCCGGAGGAGCCGGCCAGGAGGCUGCUUGUCGUGGGACCAGAGGUAUCGGGUGGCGCUCGACGUGGCCAAGGCGCUUUCGUACCUCCACCACGAUUGCCGGUCUUGCGUCCUACACCUCGAUGUCAAGCCUGAGAACAUACUCAUUGAUGAGAAUUACCGGGCUGUCGUCACCGAUUUCGGCCUAUCGAAACUGAUGGGGAAAGAUGAAAGCCGGGUCGUCACUACUAUUAGAGGGACAAGAGGGUACUUGGCCCCGGAGUGGCUAUUGGAGCACGGAAUUUCCGAGAAGUCGGACAUCUAUAGCUACGGGAUGGUCCUACUUGAGAUGAUCGGAGGGCAAAGGAACGUGUGCUUGAUCGAGAAAGGGAACAGCCGGGCAGGGAGGAAGUGGCGAUACUUCCCCAAGAUCGUCGCCGAGAAAUUGAGGGAAGGGAGGCUCAUGGAGGCGGUCGAUCGCCGGCUGUUGGCAGACGGGGGCGUCGAUGAGAGGGAAGUGAGGAGGCUGGUUUUCGUGGCCCUAUGGUGCAUCCAAGAGAGGGCGAGACUCAGGCCGAGCAUGGCCCGGGUGGUUGAGAUGCUCGAGGGCCGCGUGGCGUUCGACGAACCCCCUGAUACGGCGAUGAUCGUGGUCGACCUCUUAUCGGUUGACGAGGAGGAGCAAAACAAUCCGAAUUGCCCUAAAGUUGCUGGAUUAACAGCACAUACUGUGGAGUCUAAUGUUGCAAGUUCUUCAAAUUCAUUUGCAAUGUCUGUUCUCUCUCCCAGAUAGCUCCAAUGAAAUGUGCCAUCAUCAAAAACAGGAUUGGUUGCUUUUUGGUUGGAACUCCUGAUUCUUUUGCCUCUUUCUGUCAAUUAUUUUCAAACCAUUCAACUGUCGAUCUCUUUCUCUGCAAAGGAUGAAUCGAGGUUUUGAUCUGAGCAAUUGGCAU